AUGGUGUUGGGAGGGCAGGCGCUGGAUGCGGUUGGUGGGACUGGCUAUAAAAGGGAGAGCUCGAGGUUUGAGUGCAACAUCGAGACCUCAGGGCAAACACCAACCAUUGCCGCCACUUUCGCAUCACAGAGGCUGCACUACUCCAACAUGGGCAGGUUUCCAUUAAAGAUUGAAUUCUGUCUUACAUACUGUCCCGUCCCGCAGAUCGUCUUCUACGAGGACAAGAACUUCCAGGGUCACCGGUACGAGUGUGACGGCGACUGCUCCGACUUCCACACCUACUUGAGUCGCUGCAACUCCAUCCGCGUGGAGAGCGGCGCUUGGGUGGUGUACGAGCGGCCAAACUACCUGGGUUACCAAUACGUCCUGAUCCGAGGCGAGUACCCCGAGUACCAGCGCUGGAUGGGUCUCAACGACCGCCUCAGCUCCUGCAAGAUGUUUUGCGUUAUCCUUCUGAGUCCUUUCCUCUCAUCGUUCCAGACCAGCGGGGGUGGCUACAAGAUGCAGCUGUACGAGAAGGCCGACUUUGGGGGCAAGGCUUUUGAGGCCACAGAGGACUGCCCCUCGCUUCUGGAGAAGUUCCGCUGGAGGGAGGUGAACUCGUGCAAGGUCUUUGACGGCUGGUGGGUGUUCUACGAGCACCCCAACUACCGCGGCCGCCAGUACUUCCUGGAGAAGGGCGAGUACCGCAAGCCCGGCGACUGGGGCGCGGCCAGUGCUGCAAUCCAAUCCUACAGGCGCCUCACUGAAUGAGUUGCCACUCACCCCUCUGUGCCCGAGGCAAUCAUGCUACAUUAUAAUCCCUGACAGGAAAUGAGAAAAUUGUGAACUGGGGUCAACAAAAUAAAAGCCUGUCAAGAAAGCAGACAAAGAUGUGUCGAAUUUUGCAGUUUUAUCUGUACUUUUGCAAACAAUAAUUUGGUGUACUGUACAUCCUUCAAAACCCUAACCCACCAAAACACAACCUCAUGUCACCCCCCCAAUCUGAAACCUUACUUUAACAACCUUAAACCUGCCUUCAAACCUUAACCAUGGCUUGAAACUACAAUUUGAAAUGCUAACUUGAAAAUCUAACCCUGGCUUGAAACCAUACCUGUCUUAAACCCCUCAUU